CGUACACAUUGCACUACAUCCCGGCGAGGAAACAGAUUCUGACCCGAAACAUGACAAUCAGUUAAAUAUUUACGCCAUCGAGCUAGCAUUAAACAUUUAUUUAACUAUAGUAAUAUCUGUCGUUAAUGUAUGUUGUAAAGCGGGACCUAAUAAUACCGACGUUAGGUUACAAUUUCUGGUCGACCCGGACCCGGAAGUACAGCCAUGGAGUUUCUGCCAGUGCUGGACCCUCUAGAUAAGCCCAAAGAAGGAAUAUGGUAUUCUUUGAUGCCCAGGGGAAGUGCUCCAGGUGUUAGUGUAGGCCAUACUUGUGUCUAUACUCCAUCUGAGGAUGGAGGAAAAGGAAGAAUCCUAAUUGUUGGGGGAGCCAAUCCCAGUGGCAGUUUUUCAGAUUCUCAUAUCAUAAAUUUAGACAGUCAUGAAUGGGACAUUUCAACAUGGAGAGGAUUGGAGCCACGAUAUGAGCACUGCAGCUUUGUGCCAGAGAGCUGCCCCCAGACCCUGUGGGUGUUCGGUGGAGCGCAGCAGACUGGCAAUCGCAACUGUAUCCAGAAUGUACAGCUAACAGACAGUGAACCUCGUUGGAGGAACGUGGUGGCGAAUGGGACACUCCCCAGUCCCAGGACAUACCACACCAACUCAGCCUGUCUAGGGGACAAACUAUUUGUCUUUUCUGGAGGGGAAGCUGGAGCUGCACCUGUCUCGGACCCCAAAGUUCACGUCUUUGAUACAGUGUCCUCCACUUGGUCCCAACCAGAAACACAAGGCAGGCACCCACCAGCCCGACACGGGCAUGUCAUCGCAGCGGUGGGUUUAAAGAUCUACAUUCACGGAGGCAUGGCGGGAGACAAAUUCCACAAUGACAUGUACUCGUUAGACUCAAGGAGCAUGACGUGGGAGAAGGUGCAGACCAAAGGAGACAUCCCUCCAGGGGUAGCCGCCCAUUCAGCAGUGGCUCUGGGCAAACACAUCUACAUAUUUGGAGGGAUGACUGCAGAUGGUGCCACCAACUCCAUGUACAGAUUCAACACCGACAAGUGUAGAUGGGUCCUAAUGAAAUUCGAAGGAGAUUCGCCACCUAAUCGACUAGACCACUCCAUGUGUUUGCUGCCGUGGAAGGUGUGUGAUGAGGGGAAAGAAGGCGAUGGACAAGCCAGCAGCCCAACAGCUUCUGAGACGAUACAUCUGGCGUUUGUAUUCGGAGGGAUGGACACUCAGGGCGUCUUACAUAACGACUGUAAUGUGACUAUUGUGACAUGAAGAUUGUGUGUGUUGAAAUAAAUAAAGUGUAUUGUGCUUGUACAGCAGGAA